UGUGGGGGCUGAGCUGCUCUGCCACUGGAGUAGGGCCAUGUCACAAAUGGAAUCCUUUUAUGAUAAAUGAUGUUGCCAUAGCAAUGACAUUCCCCUCUCUCCUCCAGUGAGAUGGGGGCGGGGGAUACUUCAGAAAGAAAACUACCAUUCACAGCUCUCCCCACCAAGGAGUUGCUCUGAUAACCAGCCAAAUUCUCAGAAUGGAUCCUGUAGACUUUUUUGUUCCCAACACCUUUCAGACCAGAGAGGAAAAGGGGCGGGGAUGAGGAGGAAGGCAUUUUCAGCCCGAGAGUGUUGCAGUGUGUGUGUUUGUGUGAGUCAAAAGUGUGAGUCUGCAGCUCGGCUACAUUUUAUGGGAAAGUCAGUUUCCCACCAUUGUGUCCUCAGCGGUUGCCAGACACUGACAGGGCUUGUAGGCUGUGUGUGUGUGUGUGUGUGUCUGGUGUAGUUCUCUGUGUGUGGAGAACAGACGCUGCUGGUUUCAGAGAGCAGCACAGGAAGAGGCAGAGUUCAGAUCGUGUUGGAGCCUCUAAGGUGAAGGCAGGCAGCUCUUCCAAACCUGCGAGUGUCCGGCUGCCUUUCUGGACUGGUUUAAUUUUUUCCAUCUUGUGGUUGUGGAGUGUUGACGUCCUGCUUUUGAUUUUGAGCGUGGCAGUUCCCAGCGUGGCCUAGCCAGUAGUGCUAGUGGCAGUGGUGAGCUACAGGGCUGCAUGCCAUGGGCUGUGUCUUCUCCCUGCCAGAGGACAGGAGAGAUGCUGCUGAGAGAGCACCCACCACAAGAGAGACAAGUUUCAUCGAGAAAAUGAAGAAAACAGGCAAGAACAUCAUUGUGUUCUACGGCUCCCAGACGGGCACGGGAGAGGAAUUUGCUAACAGACUGUCCAAAGACGCUCAGCGCUACGGCAUGAAAGCAAUGGUUGCUGAUCCAGAGGAGUAUGACAUGGGGGAACUGUCCCGUCUGUCUGAUAUUAAAAACUCCCUCGCCAUAUUUUGCAUGGCCACCUAUGGUGAAGGAGACCCAACAGAUAAUGCCCAGGACUUCUAUGACUGGCUGCAGGAAAAUGAUGAUGAAGACCUCUCCGGACUAAACUACACUGUAUUUGCUUUGGGCAACAAGACGUAUGAACACUACAAUGCAAUGGGAAAAUAUGUUGAUAAAAGGCUGGAAGAACUUGGGGCCAAGCGCAUCUUUGACCUUGGUUUAGGAGACGAUGAUGGCAAUCUGGAAGAUGACUUUGUUUCAUGGAGAGAGCAGUUCUGGCCGGCCGUCUGUGAGCACUUUGGAGUGGAAGCUUUAGGAGAUGAAUCAAGCAUACGGCAGUACGAGCUGAAGGAGCACCCUGACCUCAACAUGAACAAAGUGUUCACAGGAGAGAUUGGCCGUCUGAAGAGUUUUGAGGUCCAAAAGCCGCCCUUUGAUUCGAAAAACCCUUUCCUGGCCCCCGUCACUGUCAACCGCAGACUCAACAAAGCUGGUGAUAGACAUCUUAUGCACCUGGAACUAGACAUAACAGGCUCCAAGAUCAGAUAUGAGUCAGGAGACCACGUUGCUGUUUUCCCCACAAAUGACUCUGCGUUAGUGAACAAGCUGGGACAAAUCCUUGGAGUGGACCUUGAUGUGGUUAUCUCUCUCAACAACCUUGACGAGGAGUCCAACAAGAAGCACCCUUUCCCCUGCCCCACCACCUACCGCACGGCCCUCACUCACUACCUGGACAUCACGCACCCUCCUCGCACCAACGUCCUCUAUGAGCUGGCACAAUACGCCUCUGACCCCAAAGACCAGGAGAAUAUGCGCAAGAUGGCCUCUUCCUCACCUGAGGGCAAGGCACUCUACCAGAACUGGGUGUUGGAUGCCAGUAGAAACAUCCUCGCCAUGCUGGAGGAUAUGCCUUCUUUGAGGCCUCCCAUUGACCACCUGUGUGAGCUGCUUCCUCGUCUCCAGGCUCGCUAUUAUUCCAUCGCCUCCUCCUCUAAGGUUCACCCCAACAGCAUCCACAUCUGUGCUGUAGUGGUGGAGUACAACACUAAGACCGGGCGCAUCAACAAGGGAGUUGCCACCAACUGGCUGAAGAACAAACUGGUCACUGACAACGGCCACAAGUCCACUGUUCCCAUGUACAUCCGCAAGUCUCAGUUCCGCCUGCCCUUCAAAGCCACCAACCCAGUAAUCAUGAUCGGCCCUGGGACAGGAAUCGCCCCCUUCAUGGGCUUCAUCCAAGAGAGGGGCUGGCUCAAACAGCAAGGAAAGGAAGUUGGAGAGACGGUGAUGUUUUUCGGCUGCAGAUAUAAGAAUGAGGAUUAUAUCUACCAGGAGGAGCUGGAGGAAGCGGAGAAGAAUGGAGUUCUAACACAGCUUCAUGUUGCCUUCUCCAGAGACCAGGAGCAAAAGGUGUACGUGCAGCAUCUCCUGAAGAAAAAGAAGGAGGACAUCUGGAAGCUGAUUCACUUAGACAAUGCUCACAUCUACGUCUGCGGGGAUGCAAGGAACAUGGCUAAAGAUGUACAGACGGCCUUCCACGAGAUGGCAGAAGAGCUGGGAGGCAUGACGCGCACCCAGGCCACAGAUUACAUCAAGAAACUGAUGACCAAGGGACGCUACUCACAAGAUGUCUGGAGUUAAAGAGCCUCAGACCCCGCCCCAGUGUCACUACUCAAAGUGGUGGUUUUAAAUUUUCUAUUUUUACUGUACUGUUUUAUCAGGACUGGAUAUAAAAACAUUAAACUCUUGUUCAUCACCCUGGUUCAUGAGAGCUACAGGUAGCAGAAGAUCAUGAGGCAAACCCUACCUCAGCAGGUUUCGCUAAUAAACCCAUUCAGCAGUUUCAAUCUGUAUUUCCUAUGUAUACUCCGUUAUGUAUCUGGACCACCAGCCUGUGUGUGCUGGGGUCCUCACUUGAGCCGUGGUUUCAGACCAAGAGUUACCCCGUCAUGUUUCCAGAGACGGUUAAGAGUCUUUAUAUAUAUAUAUAUAUAUAUAUAUGAGAGGAUUUGUGUAAUUGGAUGUUUUGACUGCAACUCUGGCUGCUCGAGGGAUUAGAUGUAGGAGUCUGCUGGCUUGAAAUUCUUGAGAGACUCAGCUUCAUUUCAGAUUUAAUUUUGAUUGACUCAUUAAUAUAAAAAAUAAUUUAAUCAGUUUGACUGCAGCUUUAUAAACUGAUUACAACUGAGUGGAAAAUCCAUCUGUUUUGUGGGACAGGGAUUCACUGCGCCCAACCUCUGGAUGUACAAUAUAAUUCCACUGUGAACAUUUAUAAAGCUCAUUCAGUUUGCCAUCUUGAAAUGUUUGUAACUUUCAUCUAAUAGAUUAACGGACUGUAGACGUGAACACCUCAGCCGAUAAUAUUUUAUCAUAUUUCCAAGUGAGUAAAUGGAGCGUUGUGUGUUCCUGUUACCGAACGAACACUUGGAGGAGCUUUAGACAUGAAAGGGUGCUGACUGUAGUUACUCUCAGAGCUGAUCUAAUGGUACUUUUGAAAGUACUUAAAAUACAUUAAAUGUUUUAGAAAACAUAACAUCACAGAAAUUCUGUGAGGACAAUGUUUGUAACAAACUGGCAUCAUGGGUACAAUUUUGUUUACCUUUGUAUUUUGACAAAGGAUUUUGCCUGUUAUGCAUAAGUUGUUGUUCAUAUUAAUCAGCAACAGUAACCAAAAAGUGAUGCAAAGGGGAAGAUCACUGAUUGAAAAAAAAACAUGAGAUUACAUGCAUUUUAUUUCCAUAAAAGCCUGUCUUUAAACAUGAUGAAAAUGAAUCUGUAGGUAUCCUGUAAUAUUUGUGAAAUGUUAAAACAUUUUAAAUGUUGUCCUUGAAACCAGAACUGGUCUCUCGAAUGACGGUUGUUUAUUUUAUAUGCUUCUAAGGAUUAUGAAAUGGGUUUGUAAUGUGGCAGUAAGACUCAGAGAUAUAACGACCAUCUCUGUUUGAUUGUUAUCUGUAUUUUUUUGCUUUGUUUUGUUUUGUCCAAUCACAUAUGCACCACUACAUGGGGAAGAUGACCAGACAUGAGAUGACCAAAACAUUUUGUGUCAAUGCUCAUCCCAAUACUUUUGUGUGAAUAUGGGAAGUUAGAGGAGGUCAGCUGACCAGUUAAAGUGCAGCCUGUGCCUUUUUAACACUGCCUUAUGUAUUAAGUUGGCAUUAAAACCCUGACGCUUCACUGUUUUUUUUCUUCCAUACAUACAUUUUGAUAGAAAGUCCCUUUACUGUCACUUUUUUGUCAUUCCACUUUAUGAUGUAAGUAUUUGAUUUUAUCAAAGCAUGCAUUUUUUAAUUAAUAAAAUUGGAAUCAUU